CCUUGGCUUUGCUGGGCUAGCAGGGGCUGCAGGUCGGGAGUGAGGGGCACUGGCAGAGCUGGGGAGUGGAGGUUUGGAGGGUCUGUCCCAGGAUUUGGGGAGUCCUGGAGAGUCUCCCAUUAACCCUUUCUCCUCCAGGGCCCUAUUAGUAGGAGUUCGGCCCUGGCGAGUCUCUGAGUCACCCCCCAUAUCUCCCCCCACAAAGCCAGGGCUUAAUCGGGGCUCGGGCGUGAUUAGUCUUUGGCAAAGCUGCUUGACUCCGUGGCUAAGCCCAUCUUUGCAGCCCUUGGGCUGUGCUGGGCACGGCGCUGCUGGGGGAUAAGCCCAGCUCAGCUGAGCUUUCCAGUUUUAGGGGCGAUUAAGGAAGGAGCCAGUGUUAACUAGGGCAAAGACAGAUCCCGCUGCCCUCCCCGCAUGGCCCAGGGCACCCCCCGGCUCCCUAGGGUAUAAAAGACCCCUCUCUCGGCCCCUCCACCACUCGCUGCCGCCCGCCAUGGCCCCCCCGCCCAUCUGAGCGCCCUGAGGCCCACUGGUGCCACAGUGACACAGGGCUGGGCUGUGCGCGGGUGCAGGGACGCUACCUCUCCGUCCGCAGCCGCUGCUUUGUGCCCCGGCUGCUAUCUGGUUGUGUCUGUCCAUCCAUCCAUCCCGAGACCACAUCUAUCUAUCUGUCUAUCCAUCCCCAUUCACCCCCUCUAUCUAUCUAUCCAUCCCCCCACACCUCCUCUAUCUAUCUAUCCCCAUCCACUGUCUCUCUUUCCAUACACACCCUCCAUCCAUCCUGUAGCCUCUCCAUCCACCCACUACCCCUGCAUCCAUCCCCACAAACACGCCUCCCUGCUCGCCUCGGCCGCCCCUUCCUGCCAGCCAUGCACAAGACCCGCGACUUGCGGGACGACCUCCCGGAGGACUUUUUCAUCCCGGUGCCUCUGGACACAAACAAUCUGACAGCGCUGAGCCCGUUCCUGGUGCCGCAGACACACCUCGGCAGCCCGGUCAUCUUCAUGGGCAUGUCGGCCUUCAUGUUCCUGCUCAUCGUGCUGGGUGUGCCCAUCAAUGUCCUCACCAUCUUCUGCACGGCCAAGUACAAGAAGCUGCGCUCCCACCUCAACUACAUCCUGGUCAACCUGGCCAUGGCCAACCUGCUGGUGAUCUCCGUGGGCAGCACCACGGCCUUCUAUAGCUUCUCCAAGAUGUACUUCGCCCUGGGCCCCACGGCCUGCAAGAUCGAGGGGUUCACUGCCACGCUGGGGGGCAUGGUGAGUCUCUGGUCUCUGGCCGUCGUGGCUUUCGAGCGAUUCCUGGUGAUCUGCAAACCCCUGGGGAACUUCACGUUCCGUGGCACCCACGCCAUCAUCGGCUGCCUCCUCACCUGGAUCUUCGGCCUUGUGGCUUCUACACCCCCCAUUUUCGGAUGGAGCCGGUACAUCCCCGAGGGGCUCCAGUGCUCGUGUGGCCCUGACUGGUACACGACCAGCAACAAGUGGAACAACGAGUCCUACGUUAUCUUCCUCUUCUGCUUCUGCUUCGGGGUCCCACUCAGCAUCAUUGUCUUCUCCUAUGGGCGCCUGCUUCUGACGCUGCGCGCUGUGGCCAAGCAGCAGGAGCAGUCAGCCACGACCCAGAAGGCCGAGCGGGAGGUGACCAAGAUGGUGGUGGUGAUGGUGGCCGGGUUCCUGGUGUGCUGGCUGCCCUAUGCCUCCUUCGCACUGUGGGUCGUGACGCACCGUGGGGAGCCCUUCGACAUGCACCUGGCCUCUGUCCCCUCCGUCUUCUCCAAGGCCUCCACCGUUUACAACCCCAUCAUCUACGUCUUCAUGAACAAGCAGUUCCGCUCCUGCAUGCUGAAGCUGGUGUUCUGUGGCCGCAGCCCCUUUGGGGAGGACGACGACGUCUCGGGGUCCUCGCAGGCCACCCAGGUCUCCUCCGUCUCCUCCAGCCAGGUGUCCCCGGCGUAGCCCAGCAGGCCCUGCUCGGGGGGGGGGCCCUUGCUAUCCCAGCAGGCCCUGCUCGGGGGGGGGCCCUUGUUAUCCCAGCAGGCCCUGCUCGGGGGGGGCGAGAUAUCCCAGCAUGCCCUGCUGUGUGGGGGGCCGAGCUAUCCCAGUAUGCCCUGCUCGGGGGUGGGGGACCGAGCUAUCCUAGCAUGCCCUGCUCGGGGGGCCGAUAGUCCAGUAUGCCCUGCUCGGGGUCCCCCCGAGCUAUUCCAGCAUGCCCUGCUCCGAGGGGGACCCCAGGACAGCCCAGCAUGCACUGCUCCGCCACAGAGACAGUCCAGCUCAGUAUCCCAGCAUGCCCUGGGGGACCCGGGCAUGCUGGGGGCUGCUCCCCUUGCUGGGCUCAGCCGGGAUGGGAUCUAUAAGCCAGGGGUAAGGGGGGCUCUGAGCCACUUGCAGCCCCCUCCCAGUGCCCCCAACUGGGUCGAACCCGGGUCCCUCCGGCCCCCAACAGGCAGAGCAGCAAGAGGUGAGUGAUAGGAGACAGAGCCCCCCCACAGUCCCUCCUGGCCCCCCAGCGACAGACUUGGCAGGGGGCCCACCCGCAACUUGUAUAUUGUAAAUAUGAGCCUGGUUAUUACCCCACCCCCUGCUCUAAUUACCCCCCAUGGCUGUGAUUAAUUACCCCCUGCUCUAAUUACAGCCCCCGGGGCUGUAAUUAACCCCCCCACACACACGCGUCACUCGGGUAAAUAAAUACACUGGAAACGCAGC